CCAUCUUCUACUUUCUUACGAAGAAACAGAGAAUCAAGGCAAGCAGAGAUGGGAUUCAAGCUUAUCGACGGUGAAGUUCCAACGAUUUCAGACUCGGAUACCGAUGUGCCGGAGUUGGACUCUGACGAGGAACAGGUUGAGCAGCAGGAGGCGGUGAAGAAGUCCAAGAAGUCUAAGAAGUCCAAGAAGAGAGCACAGGAUGUUGAAGAAGAGGAUAAAGAGCACAUGGAUUUCAACCCGAACUUCCAGUUUGACCAGGAUGAUGGCGAGACCAAGCUGGACUUUGAAGGCUGGGACUUCAAGGGCGAUGAAAAGACCUUGAAGAAGGAUGUUGACCUUGAUAGCAUCAUUAGAAGAAAGGGUGGUUUGGGUCAGCUUGCGGGUACGUCUUUAAGCGAUGACGAGGAAGAAGAGGAGGAGGAGGACAGCAGUGAUGAUGACGAACUUGCGAUGGACGGUUUUGGCAUGGGUGUGAAGAAAGCUGAGGAGAAUGACGAGGAGAAUGACGAAGAGAAUGACGAAGAACACUCUGGAGAAGAUGACGAUGAGGACCAGGAUGAACAAGAAGUGCAAUCUGAACAGGAAGAUGAAAAAUCCGGAGAGGAGGAGGAAGAAGAAGACUCCCCUGAAGAUAUCAAGAACUUCUAUGCCCCAGAGGUUGAAUCUGAAGCUGCAAAGAAACAAGUGCACAAGACUUUCCAAUCUCUAGAGCUUUCUCGUCCAGUGUUAAAAGGUUUGGCAGCUUUGGGCUACCAGAAACCAUCUCCAAUCCAAAGUGCCACGAUCCCAAUUGCCCUACUGGGUAAAGAUAUCAUCGCUGGUGCUGUGACAGGUUCUGGUAAAACUGCUGCAUAUUUGACUCCUGUUAUCGAGAGACUCUUAUUCAAACCUUCAAAGAUUGCUGCUACCAGAGUCAUCGUCCUUGCACCAACAAGAGAACUGGCAAUCCAAGUCAGUGACGUUGGUAAGAAGAUUGGUAAAUUCGUCAAUGGAUUGACAUUUGGUCUUGCUGUUGGUGGUUUGAACCUGAGACAGCAAGAACAAGAGCUGAAGCAGAGACCAGAUAUCGUCAUUGCCACGCCUGGUAGAUUCAUCGAUCAUAUGAGAAACUCCUCUUCCUUCACAGUUGAUUCAGUGGAGAUUCUGAUCGUUGAUGAAGCCGAUAGAAUGUUGGAAGAAGGUUUCCAGAAGGAAUUGACAGAGAUCUUGGAGUUAUUGCCAACAAAGAGACAAACAAUGUUGUUCUCUGCUACCAUGAACUCGAAGAUUAAGUCUUUGGUUCAACUUUCCAUGAAAAAGCCUGUCAGAAUCAUGAUUGAUCCUCCAAAACAGGCUGCUUCUGGAUUGGUCCAGGAAUUCGUCCGUAUCAGAAAGAGAGAUCAUCUAAAACCUGCAGUAUUGUUUAACAUACUGAAAAAGUUCACUAAGGACCAGAGAAUUGUGAUAUUCGUUGCCAGAAAGGAACAAGCUCACAAGUUGAGAAUUAUCAUGGGUCUCUUGGGUCUCAAAGUUUCAGAGUUGCAUGGUUCUUUGACACAGGAGCAGCGUUUAACAUCCAUCAAUAACUUCAAGGACUUGACUGUUCCAAUCUUGAUUUGUACUGAUUUGGCUUCGAGAGGUUUGGAUAUUCCAAAGAUCGAAGUCGUCAUCAACUUUGACAUGCCAAAGAACUUUGAAGUGUAUUUGCACAGAGUUGGUCGUACUGCUCGUGGUGGUCGUGAGGGUAAAUCCAUUUCAUUUGUCGGUGAAAGCUCAUCUGACCGUGCCAUCGUCAAGGAUGCCAUUAAAAGCACAGAGAACAAUCCAAACUCCAGAGUGAAUAAGACCGUUGGUAGAGAGGUGAACUGGAAGGAUGUUGAGGAUAUCAACAAGAUCAUCGAAACCAAAGAUGAGACUGUACAGGAAAUCUUGGAAGAAGAGAAAGCAGAGAAGGAGAUGUUGGCUGCAGAGAUGGAGUUGAAGAAAGGUGAGAACAUGUUGAGAUAUAGAGAUGAGAUUCAAUCCAGACCAAAGAGAACGUGGUUUGAAUCUGAAAAGGAUAAAAAGAAGGGUGCCAAUGACUUGAAGGACAAGAAGAAGAAGCUUAACAGCAAGAAGAGGAAACAGCAGGAGGCAAGAGAAGAUAGUGAGUCUACGAGAAGGUAUAAAAAGACAAAGGGUGAUAGAGCAGCUGACCAGGAACGUUACUUCAAGAAACAAAAACCUAAGAAGAAAUAGGAUAAUC